GGCUUGUUUAAUGCAGUUUUUCGGUACUAUCCGAGAGUUAAGUUAUGCUUUUAAAUGAAUAAGUAAUCUUAUUUGGAAGAGCUUUCCAUCGUGACAGUCAGAACGAACGGAAUUGCUGAGACAGUUUAUGCAUUCAAAAGGAUAAAACAAAUACCGAAUUUUAUCACGGAAAUACCGAUACUUUCUCUACCUUCACCUCGCCACAAAUGUCGACACCAAAAACUAAAACUUAUCAUCCAGCUGAUGUGCUGUACGGUAAAUGUGAUAAUCAACCAGUUAUUGUUGAAGCUGUACAAUUUCACGGAGUUAAAAACACUAAAGUUGAUGCAUUACUGAAAGAAAUUGGAUACCUCUACACAGUUUCAUCACUUCCGGAAUUAAUACGAUGUUGCGACUUAGCUGCCAAACAUCUUCGAGAAGUUGGCCUUGUGGACAACGUCACUCCACUGAUUGAUUCCGCAGACGGAAAGCGAGGGAAAUAUGUAGUUGAUUUUAUCAUAAAGGAACCGAAAUCAUUCACUUUAGGCGUUAAGGCUGGCAUGACUAGUCGAGGUGAAACUGAUUAUUCAUUGAACGCAGGCAAAGAGAGCUUUGGGGGACGUGGUGAAUCAGUGAAUGCAUGUUAUUCCUAUACUUUCGAGGGUAAUCGAACUUUCAAUGUUUCAAUGACAAAGCCUCUCUUGGGCUGGCAGAAGUAUGCCAACGUGGGAUUUUCUUUGUAUCGAAGUUUGGGAAAUUUGCCAUGGAAUCUCAGUAAUAUGCAAGAUAUUGGGCUGGUAUUACAGUAUAAUGGUCAGUUAUGGAACAGAAAACUUCACCAUAAUAUGAAGUUGAGUACGAUCUGGCGAGAACUUUGUCCAACAGAAAAGGCAGCAUUUUCGGUUCGGGAGCAUGCAGGCCAUACAGUGAAGUGUUCAGUGCAGAAUUCGUUGGCCUACGAUACACGCGACCGACCACUUCUUGCUACAAAAGGUGUUUUGCUGAAAUUUGCUCAGGAGUAUGCAGGCCUUCUUGGUGACGCAGCAUUUGUGAAACACCAGAUUGAUGCUCAAGCAUCGUCGCCGUUACUCAUGGGUAUGUUUCUGAGUGCUUCAUAUCAAUUUGCGAUUAUCAAUACAUUAGCCGUUCAUCGCUCACUACACUUACUAGAUCGUUUGUAUAUCGGUGGACCUCACGAUGUUCGUGGAUUUAGCUGGAAUACAAUAGGAGGACGAGCCGAUAGUUCAUCAUGCAUUGGAGGAGCUACUUCUGCCGUAGGAGUUUUGCAUAUUUACAGGCCGCUUUUUCCACCGGAAAUGUUAUUCGCGCAUGCAUUCGUUUCCGGAGGAGCUGUAGCGUCGGCUGAUUCUCGACAUCGGCUUCGUGAUUUGUCAGAUGCUCUACGUGUUAGUGCUGGAUUGGGACUAACAUUUUUAAUCAAAAAUUUUGUUCGGAUUGAAUUGAAUUAUGUUAUCCCAUUAAGGUACAUGUCAGGCGAUCAGUGUUCGCCAUCUUUCCAAAUGGGUGCUGGUCUUAGCUUCUUGUAGUUUUAGC